AAAAGGCAAUGUCCGAUAUAUCUGAACACCUAGGCCAGUUCAGCUUGCAUCCGACCUGUUAUGUUUAAGAAUAUCGAAUGAACAUCGACGUGGCCAUUGGCUUAAUGCAACAUCCCUUGUAUUUGCAAACGUACAUUCAUCAUGAAGCUCUCCACUUUACUUGUACAAUUUCUUGCGAUAUCAUGCCAGACUUCUGCCUACACACUUCUUAGCGACGAAGCACUCCAAUCAUUGCCUGGACCCGGUCAUGACUUCAAUAUCGUUGAUGGUGCGAUCUUGUCGCCAAUUCUCCAGACACGUGUACCAGGAACUCCUGGCUCGUUGGCGGUGCUCCAACAUUUCAUAGAUUUCUUCAGGCAGAACUUACCUGAAUGGAAGAUAACGUUCCAGAACUCGAGUCAAACGACGCCAAUCUCGAAGGGCCAACUCGUACCUUUUGUGAACUUCAUCGCAACACGUGAUCCACCAUGGGCCCAAGGACAAGGCGAUGUGGGCAGACUAGCACUGGUCGCACACUAUGACUCAAAACUCACGCCGAAGGGAUUCAUUGGUGCUAUUGAUUCUGCGGCACCAUGCGCCAUGAUACUGCAUGCAGCACGGAGCAUCGAUCAGGCACUGACACAGAAGUGGAGUGCCAUGGCAGCUGCGGGUGAAGAUAGGGCGAGUAACCUCGAUGAUCAUAAGGGCGUGCAGAUAUUGCUGCUUGAUGGCGAAGAAGCAUUCGUGACAUGGACUGACGAAGAUUCGAUAUAUGGUGCUCGAUCCCUGGCCGAAGAAUGGGAGCAGUCCUCGUACGGUGCUUUCAGCAAUUACAAGACGGCGCUUGGCUCGAUCGAUCUCUUUGUGCUUCUGGAUCUUUUGGGCUCUUCCAAUCCGACGGUACCAUCUAUGUUCAAAACAACGCAUUGGGCAUACCGGCGCAUGGCUGACAUCGAGACACGUCUGCGGAAAUUGAAGAAGUUCAGAAGCUUACGAAGCCAGCCUUUUCUGCCCGAACAUGACAAGACUGAGUAUGACCAAUGGCAUGGUGGCGCCAUCGGAGACGACCACGUGCCUUUCAUGGCUCGAGGUGUUGACGUGUUGCAUUUGAUACCACUGCCAUUUCCUGCUGUCUGGCAUACGAUCAACGACGAUGGCGAACAUCUCGAUGCCGACGCUGUAGAGGAUUGGGCCACUUUGACUACUGCAUUUGCUGCUGAAUGGCUUGACCUCGAAGGUCAUAUGAACACAAAACUCGGUCCAUCUACUGUCAACUCCAGGAGGAACUUAAUUCACGAACAUGACGAUACUGAACUACAGAUAACAUGAUGAACCAUACCCCAUUGCAAUGAUCGAACCAGACUCUUGAAGCAGAAGAGUGACAUUCGUGCUAUCCUCCGCUUAAUAUCGUGGUCACAUUUGUUGUGCUACUGUGUGUUGCUCAUAAGAGCCUGCUGUGGUGACUGCCAGAUGAACA